UAGCUUUUGAGACUAAACUGUAUGAUUUAAAUAUUGGUGCUUAAUUAAAUAUAUAUCCGCUGAUCUAUGUUUCCCGAAAUUCCUCUUCGCUGUCACUUGUCAAAAAUGACAUUUACUCUACGAAUAUCUUCGCGAAUUUUAUUUAAUGUCAACAAACAAAUAUAUUAAUGAACACAUAAAACUUCAUAUUAGAAUAUUUCACGAUUACUGAAGAAUGAGGUGGGGUGAAGAACAAACAUAUCAAUUCGUUAAAAUUUACUUAAAACACGUACACUUGUGGGACUCGAAACAUGAAAAAUACAAAGCGAAAAACUCUAGGAUGAAAUCAUAUAAAGAAAUGAUAUCAGAGUUUAAGGAUGCAACUGGUAUACAGUUAAAUGUGGUUGAACUUAAAAUUAAAAUUAAGAACCUGAGGUCCACUUACAAACAGGAAUUGACUAAGAUUAAACGGAGGUCUAGCCCCGAUUGCACAUUCAAAUCUAGUUUGAAAUGGUUCGCGUUGUGGCACAAACAUUUUGCUAGCACUGCGAGGGAUGAGACCGACGUUUCCUAUGACGACGAUCCCAUAGAAGAUGCAUCAGAGGUGUGGGUCUCACAGUCAAACAAUAUUGCCAUAACUAUAGACCCCAUUGAAGAUAAUGAUGAUUACAACAUCAUACCUAAAGUGGAACCCAUAAAUGCAUAUGAACAUGAAAACUCAAGUCACUGUAAAAUGAAGAAGAAAAAAUUACAACUACGAAGCCCUAGUGUUGAAUUCUCAGAUAGAACUUUUAGAGGUAGUAUGGACUCAUCAGAUUUAGCAAAAGAAGAUGAGUUUGAAAUAUAUGGAAAGUACAUUGCCUCUCAACUGAGAAGAAUGGAGUUGCAGAAGGCUUUAAGAGUCCAACUCGAAAUUCAAAGCCUUGUGAGCGAAGCUAGGAUUUCAGAUUUGACAAAUAAACAUUAGUGUAGUGUGUUCAAAUAAUGACAAUUUUGUUAUAAGGUUUAAAUAAUGUGGCUUGGUAUUAUUUUAUCAUAAAAUUUUAUUAUUUAUUUGCAUGUAAAUAUUAGAAAUAAAUUAUUUCUCAUCUCAUUGUCUUGAA